AUGGAUUCACUAGUUGAAAUCGUGCAUCGUCGUGAACUAGCUUCUCUAGAAGAUGAAGAUCUUGUCCGGCUACUCUACACCCAAUUUGGCCCAGAGAUCGAUCACUUAAAACGUGUCCCACCUGCAGUCGAAGGCGACGAAACUACCUCAGGAAAUCUCUCCAACAAUGCACUAAGUCCAUCGAGGCUGCUAUUCAAUGAGGAUUUCGAUGAAGUGAAUCGCUCAAUCACCAACGUCCGCGCCUUGAAAUGGGUACUUGCGAAUGACUAUAACGCCUUUGUCGCGAACCAACCCCCUCCUGUCAAAUUAUCCCUGGAGACCUUCCAGUCUUUAAAACACCAAGCAGACUCCUUCCUAGAGGACACCGAUCAACUCCUCGCUUUGAUCGUUGCGCUUGUUAUCGGCGAUAUAGGAAAAGAUCCAUAUCUAUCCGACGAGAUCUCCGCUCGCAAGGGUACAGAUAAAACCGACCACGAAAACCACGAUGAAUUACUCGCCGAAGCUGUCGCAUGCGGAAUCCUCGAUAGUCCACUCAGUAUACUAUCCGACGCCCGGCGCGCAGAUGUGAUUCUCGGAGUGGAUGUCGGAGCAACCCUCAACAUCCCACAAUUGAUGCAAGGCGAGAAUAUCCCCGGAAGCUUACAGCCUAUUCUCAAGUUCCGAGGCCAUCCCGAGGCGUUUCAUCUCAAAUAUCUCGAAAUCAUCUUCGACGUGUCUGGCGCAGGCGGACAUCGCGAUAGUUGUGGUGCGAAGAGGAUGAUCGAACCCGUUUGUCAAUCUUAUUUGCAAGCCUGGCCUAUCCUGAAGAGUAUAAUUACCGAUAAUACCUCGCUACGUGAAGCGUAUGAUCAUGUCUUGCGGAAUCGUGGACAGUUGGUUGUUGAGCAGGGCUUCCCACUCUUGUCUACCGCUGAUCCUGUGGAACGGGCGUUACUUCGUCUUUUCGCUAUGGGUCGAGUGGCAGAUCGAUCGAUAGCGGAGCAAGUCCAAGAAGCUUUUCUAGACUUACCGGAGUUUACGCGUGAUGCACUUGUUAAGGGGCUGAAUGUUGACGGGGUGGAUGAUGGCCAGGCGGUGCUGCUUUAUUAUAGCCCUGCUUUAUUUGCGGAGACAAAUCGUGCUAUGCGCGAUGCUUCUCCGGGUGCAAGAGUCGUUGCGUUUCAGAGUAUUAUGGGCUUUAUGGCUCGGACGUAUGGUGGUUCACGAUCACAGCCUGGUCAUGAGGGUUCUAUUCUUGAGCGCGAUGUCUCACCUGCUAUUGAGGUUGUGCGUGAUCCGGCAUUUUGCUCUAAUCCACACAUUCUGGAUGAGUAUACGUUACCUGUAGAUACAUAG